AUGGAGGCUCUCGAAUUUUACAGCAGGGGCUCGCGCUUCAUGCUUAACUUCGUCUACACGCGCAUUUGCCAAAAGGUACAGGCGGUUAGCCAUCGGUGGACGUACCAAGAGAUUCCGUCGCCCAAGAAUGUUGUCGUGCUCGGUGGCUCAUACUCCGGCGUGCAUCUGGCACAACGCUUGACGGAGACCCUACCCACAGGCUAUCGCGCGGUUUUGGUCGAGAGAAACUCCCACUUCAACCACUUGUUCGUGUUCCCACGCUUCGGUGUCGUUCCCGGCAUGGAACAAGGCGCCUUUAUCCCCUACGGCGGCAUUGCUACCACGGCGCCACGCGGCAUCUUCCAACACAUACAAGAUUCGGCCGUUGAGAUCACCCCGACGCAGGUCCAGCUCGCCUCGGGGAAAAGCAUCGACUACGAAUACCUCGCCGUGGCUACCGGCUCGUGGCAGCCGGCACCGGCGAAGCUCACAUCUACGGAAAAAGCUGACGCCUGUGCGGAGAUGCGUGCGUCGCAGCAUCGCAUCCAGAACUCCAGCCGCAUCGCAGUGAUUGGCGGUGGGCCGGUUGGGGUGCAGGUUGCGACCGAUAUCAAGAGCUAUUUUCCACAAAAGGAUGUCACGCUGAUCCAUUCACGGCACCAACUGCUACCAAACUUCGGUCCACGGCUGCACGAGUUUGCGCUACAGGCGCUGAAAAAGCUACAGGUCAACACAGUACUAGGCCAACGGCCCAAGACGGUUGUGGACGGAGUCGACGACCUCGUCAGAAGCAGCACCCAGGAAACCUUGGCUUUUCAAAACGGUCGUCGAGAGGUAUUUGACUUGGUGAUCCGAUGCACUGGUCAACGCCCCAACUCCGGCAUUCUCGCCCACCUAUAUCCCUCCGCCGUCUGCAAAUCCACCGGCCAAAUCCUCGUGCGACCAACUCUCCAGAUUGAUGCUGGAGCCGGCAGUCCCGUCAAUCCCCACCUCUUCGCGCUCGGCGACGUUGCUAAAACCGGCGCACCUAGAAUGGAGCGCGCGGCCCGCUCGCAGGCAGACGUUGUCACAUCGAACAUUCUGUCGAUGAUCAACGGACAGAGCCCAUCUGCGAUUUACCGCCCCGUCGACGAAGAGGGAGUGAUAAAGUUAACACUGGGAAAGUACGAUUGGGCCAUGUAUUUUAAGGAAGAAAGCGGCCGUGAACUUAUGGUCAAUGGCACGAGCAAAAGCGAAGACCUCGAUGUGCGCAGAGCGUGGAUAAACCUCGGGGCGAAAUACGACCCGUCUACUUGA